AUGCCUACCAGAUUAACCAAGACCAGAAAGCACAGAGGUCACGUCUCCGCCGGUAAAGGUAGAAUCGGCAAGCACAGAAAGAAUCCAGGUGGUCGUGGUAUGGCUGGUGGUCAGCACCACCACAGAACCAACUUGGACAAGUACCACCCAGGUUACUUCGGUAAGGUUGGUAUGAGAUACUUCCACAAGCAGAGAAACCACUUCUGGAAGCCCCAGAUCAACUUGGAGAGAUUGUGGUCUUUGGUUGACGAGGAGAAGAGAGACGAGUACCUCAAGUCUGCUUCUGCCUCUUCUGCCCCAGUGAUUGACACUUUGGCCCACGGUUACGGCAAGGUUUUGGGUAAGGGUCAGUUGCCCCAGGUUCCUAUCAUUGUCAAGGCCAGAUUUGUUUCCAAGUUGGCUGAGGAGAAGAUCAGAGCUGCUGGUGGUGUCGUUGAGUUGAUUGCUUAA